AUGGACUCCGUAUGGAUUAUUGCAUGCAGUCUCGUCCUCAUCCCCCUCGGCAUCCUCAUCCACGAUGUCCUCCUCUGGAGACGCCUCCCCCCAGGCCCGCCUCCCCUCCCCCUCAUCGGCAACAAGCAUGAGCUCCCCUCAAGCCACCCCUGGAUCAAAUUCCAAGAAUGGUCCCGGACAUACGGCCCAAUAUACACCGUCUGGCUGGGCCGCCGCCCAACGAUCGUAAUAUCCGACCCGACCAUUGCAUCAGAACUGCUCGAAAAACGCUCCGCAAAGUACAGCACGCGGCCUAGAUUCGUCACCAUGGGCGAGAUCUACUGGGACAUGGCGAGUAUUCUGGUCCAGCCGUAUGGAAAGGAGUGGCUUGUCCGCCGGAAACUGCUGCAUUCUGCGCUGACGCCGCGCGCGCUGGAGAAUUACAAGGGGCUGCAGGAGGCGGAGUCUGCGCGACUUUGCUACCAGCUGCUGUCCAAUGCAAAAGACUUUGAGGCGCUGCUUGAUCGGUUGACCUCGUCGAUUGUGUUUGCGAUAUCGUACGGCCACCGCGUUGAUGAUAUGCGGUCCCCUGUUGUGCGGCAGCGUCUUGAGUUCAUGCAUUAUGUCUCCGGAUUGAAUGUCCCAGGCGCAUACCUGGUAGAAUCCUUCCCAGUAUUGAAGUAUCUACCCGACUGGAUCGCGCCGUGGAAAGCAGAGAUCAAACGACGCGGCCGCAUUGAAGCAGAGGCCAACAUGAAGCUCGUCCGCGUAGUCGAAGACGAUAUCUCAUCCGCGAGCAAAUCCCACAACGCCGCACCGGUCUUCAACAGCUUAACCAAGCAGCUACUCGAGAACAGAAAGCUAGACCCAGCGUCAUUCCCCCUUAGCGAACGGAACUUCAGCUUCAUCCCGGCGUCUCUAUUCGGCGCGGGCUCCGACACUACAGCGUCAACCUUGUGCUCUGCCAUGCUGGCUCUCGUGACAACCCCAGGUGUUCUGGAAACAGCACAAGCAGAGCUGGACUCGGUAAUCGGACCGGAUCGUCUGCCUGUGUUCAGCGAUAUCCGCAAUCUCCCAUACCUGCGCGCCUUGUGCAAGGAAGUGCUCCGUUGGCGCCCUGUUGCUGUCCUCGGAGGAACACCGCACGCCUCGUCUGAAGAUGACUAUUACCGCGGGUUCUAUAUCCCCAAAGGAACAGUUAUCCUCGGGAACUCAUGGGCCAUCAACCUGAACCUGGAGUACUAUCCAGACCCGGACAAGUUCAACCCGCUGCGCUUCCUGGAUGUAGAUCCAGACUCUCUGCCUUACCUGGAGCACCCCGAAGGGUAUAAUGAUAAUGUCAACGGCCUUGCCCAUCCAAGCAAAUCAGGCCAUAGCUCAUUUGGCUGGGGCCGUCGGAUCUGUCCCGGUGCGGAGCUGGCGAGCAACACGCUGCUGAUCACGUUGAGCCGGCUGCUAUGGGGGUUUGAUGUCCGGCCUGUUCCGGGGGUUGUGUAUGAUACGUUGGAUUAUACGAAUGGGUUCAAUAUCAGACCGCGCGACCUGCGAGUUAUUAUUCAGGUUCGGUCGAAGCGGCAUCGGGACGUGGUGGCGAGGGAGUAUGAGGCUGCAAUGGGGUUUCUGGAGACUCUUACUCCGUUUACGGAGUCGAUGUUGUAA